AUGCUAUACAGACUUGACAUCACAAUCUUAGGCUCCAAUGACUUUUACUCAUAUCGAAAUCAGAUAGAAUCGCUUGGGCUUCCCUUGACACCAGAAUCUCUGGGUACCCUUGCACCUUUUGCAUCAAUCACACUCAACGCAGGCGAGUCAAAUGGUGCUGAUUGCAAGCCUGAAGUAGCAAAAACUGGCUUAGGUUCUUCUGCAGCAAUGACAACAGCUGUGGUUGCAGCUCUAUUACAUUACCUUGGAGUGGUUAACCUAUCCGAUCCAUGUAAAGAAGGAAAGUUUGGCUGUUCUGAUCUAGAUGUUAUCCAUAUGAUAUCACAAACAUCUCAUUGUCUUGCACAAGGGAAGGUCGGAAGUGGGUUUGAUGUCAGCUCUGCGGUCUAUGGGAGUCAGCGUUAUGUUCGCUUUUCUUCAGAAGCCUUGUCAUAUGCUCAGUUUGUAGUAUCGGGUCUGCCAGUACAUGAACUUAUUGGCGACAUUUUGAAAGGAAAAUGGGACCAUGAGAGAACCGAGUUCUCUUUACCGCCACUGAUGAAUCUUUUCCUUGGAGAACCUGGAAGUGGUGGAUCCUCAACACCAUCAAUGGUAGGUGCUGUAAAGAAGUGGCAAAUGUCUGAUCCAGAGAAGGCACGGGAAAAUUGGCAAAAGCUGUCGGAUGCAAAUUUGGGACUGGAAACUAAGCUAAACAUUCUGAGCCAAUUAGCGAAAAACCACUGGGAUGUUUAUCUAGGAGUCAUUAAGUCUUGUAGUGUGCUUACUUCUGAUAAGUGGGUGCAACAUUCUACUGAACCAAUCAACGAAGCUAUUAUUAAAGAACUCUUAGGGGCAAGAGAAGCUAUGGUGAGGAUCAGAACUCUUAUGCGGCAGAUGGGUGAGGCUGCUAGUGUUCCGAUAGAGCCUGAAACCCAAACUCAACUUCUGGAUUCUACAAUGAAUGCUGAAGGGGUUCUACUUGCUGGUGUUCCUGGCGCUGGUGGAUUUGAUGCCAUAUUUGCCAUUACGUUAGGGGAUUCCGGCAGCAAACUGACCCAGGCAUGGAGUUCGCAGAAUGUUUUGGCCUUGUUGGUGAAAGAAGACCCACACGGCGUUUGCCUAGAAAGUGGUGAUCCACGCACCACAGGUAUUACUUCAGGCGUUUCAUCAGUUCAUCUUGAGUAA